AUGCUGCCUUCCCAAGAAGCCUCCAAGAUCUAUCAUGACAACUACAUGCGCAACUCGCGGGCCAUCGGGGUGCUGUGGGCCAUCUUUACCAUUUGUUUCGCCAUCAUCAACGUGGUGGUGUUCAUCCAGCCCUACUGGAUAGGCGACAGCGUAAACACGCCGUACGCCGGGUACUUCGGCCUCUUCCAUUACUGCAUGGGUGAGGGGAGCUCGAACCGGGAGCUCAGUUGCCGGGGCACGUUCUCCGACUUGAGCUCCAUGCCAUCAGGCGCCUUCAAGGCCGCCUUCUUCUUCGUGCUGCUGUCCAUGGUGCUUAUCCUGAGCUGCAUCGCCUGCAUGGCGCUUUUCUUCUUCUGCAACACCGCCACCGUGUACAAGACGUGCGCCUGGAUGCAGCUGCUCUGCGCUGUGUGUCUGGUGUUUGGGUGUAUAAUUUUCCCGGCUGGCUGGGAUGCAGAGGUGGUUCAGGACUUGUGUGGUGAGGAGAGUGGAAAGUACACACUGGGGAACUGCUCAGUGCGCUGGGCCUACAUCCUGGCCAUCAUCGGCAUCCUGGAUGCACUCAUCCUCUCGUUCCUUGCCUUCGUCCUCGGGAAUCGCCAGAGCGACUUCCUUCAAGAUGAAGUCAAGGCUGACAAUAAAGACUUUGCUGUAUCAAGGCAGCCACUGCACCUGACCUCGACACUCCGAAUGGAUGGUAUUGAGAUCCGUGACACGAAGGAUCCACGUUUUGGAGUCCAGCGGUUCCAUUAA